AUGUCGAUCGAUUUUUCGAAGGAAGAGGAGGCCAUUAUCCAGAAGUGGCGUGAGAUCGACGCUUUCCGUCGCCAGGUGGAACUGUCGGACGGCCGCCCGCGCUACACCUUCUAUGAUGGCCCGCCCUUCGCCACGGGUUUGCCCCAUUAUGGUCAUCUCCUGGCUUCAACUAUCAAGGAUAUCAUCCCCCGCUACUGGUCCAUGAAGGGAUUCCACGUUGAGCGUCGUUUUGGCUGGGAUACCCAUGGCCUCCCUAUCGAGCACGAGAUCGACAAGAAGCUCGGCAUCUCUGGGAAGGAGGCUGUCCUAAAGCUCGGUAUCGACAAGUACAACGAGGAGUGCCGCGCCAUUGUCAUGCGCUACUCCCAGGAAUGGCGCCACACCGUUGAGCGUCUAGGUCGGUGGAUCGACUUCGACGAUGACUACAAGACCAUGGACCCUACCUUCAUGGAGUCUGAAUGGUGGGCAUUCAAACAGUUACACGAAAAGGGUCAGGUGUACCAAGGCCACCGGGUUAUGCCUUAUUCGACUGCCCUCACCACAGCGCUAAGCAACUUCGAGGCCAACCAGAACUACCAGGAUGUCACAGACCCUGCCAUUGUCAUCGCGUUUCCUCUCGUCGAUGACCCUGAGACCAACCUGCUUGCCUGGACCACUACACCUUGGACUCUACCUUCGCAUCUCGGGCUUGCCGCUCACCCGGAGUUCGAGUACAUCAAGAUCAAGGAUGAGAAGUCAGGAAAGAACUACAUCAUUCUGGAGAAGCUCCUGAGCACCCUGUACAAGGACCCCAAGAAGGCCAAAUACACCGUCAUUAAGAAAAUUCGUGGCAAGGAUAUGCUCGGCUGGAAAUACCAGCCUCCCUUUGACUACUUCUACGAGGAGUACAAGGAUGUUGCGUUCAAGGUCCUCAAUGCGACAUACGUCACGGCCGACAGCGGUACCGGUAUUGUCCACCAGGCUCCCGCCUUCGGUGAGGAUGAUUACAAUGUCGCCGUCGCAGCUGGUAUUGUCACCGAAAAACGCCCUCCGCCGGACCCCAUCACCGAUAACGGUUGCUUUACUUCCCGUAUCCCUGAUUUCCAGGGCAUGUACGUCAAGGAGGCCGACAAGCACAUCAUCAAGCACCUUAAGGGGACUGGCCGUUUGGUCGUCGACUCGCAGCUCAAACACUCUUACCCCAUGUGCCCCCGGUCCGACACCCCUCUUAUCUAUCGUACCGUUCCGUCUUGGUUCAUCCGCAUCCCCGACAUCAUUCCGGACAUGCUCAAGAACAUUGAGGGGACUCAUUGGGUCCCCAGCUUUGUCAAGGAGCGCCGCUUCGCCAGCUGGAUUUCAAACGCCCGCGACUGGAACGUUGGAAGGAACCGAUACUGGGGUACUCCCAUCCCUCUCUGGGUCAGCGAUGAUAUGGAGGAACGCGUUUGCGUCGGUAGCGCCGAGGAGCUUCGCCAGCUAAGCGGCUAUGAGGGUGAGAUCAAGGAUCUCCACCGCGACAAGAUUGACCACAUCACCAUUCCCAGCAAGCAAGGCAAGGGUGUCUUGCGCCGUAUCGAAGAGGUAUUUGACUGCUGGUUCGAGUCGGGAAGCAUGCCUUUCGCUAGCCAGCACUACCCAUUUGAAAAUGUUGACAAGUUCAAUGCCUCUUUCCCUGGCGACUUCAUCGCCGAAGGCCUGGAUCAGACCCGAGGAUGGUUCUACACCCUCCUGGUCCUGGGUGUUCAUCUCUUCGGAAAAUCACCCUUCAAGAACUGUGUCGUCAACGGCAUCGUUCUGGCAGAGGAUGGAAAGAAGAUGUCCAAGCGACUCAAGAACUACCCCGACCCCACUCUGAUCAUGGACAAAUACGGCUCGGAUGCACUGCGUCUGUACUUGAUCAACUCACCAGUUGUCCGAGCUGAGCCCCUGAGGUUCAAGGAGCCCGGUGUUAAAGAAGUUGUCCAGAAGGUCCUCCUCCCGUUGUGGAACAGCUACAAGUUCUUCGAGGGACAGGUUGCCCUGCUAAAGAAGACUGAGGAGGUUGAUUACAUGUUUGAUCCCGAUAUGGAAUCAAGUAACACCAAUGUCAUGGACCGUUGGAUCCUAGCAAGCUGUCAGAGUCUUCUAGAGUUUGUGAACGAGGAGAUGAAGUAUUACCGCCUCUACACUGUCGUUCCUAGGCUACUGAGCCUUAUCGACAACACGACCAACUGGUACAUUCGAUUCAACAGAAGACGUCUAAAGGGCGAGAACGGUCUCGAGGACACCAAGCACGCACUCAAUUCUCUUUUCGAAGUCCUCUUCACCCUGUGCCGAGGACUUGCCCCCUUCACGCCCUUUAUCACGGACAAUAUCUACCAGAGGCUUUUGCCCCACAUUCCCCAGAAGCUCCAGCAGGAAGACGCUCGCAGCGUUCACUUUCUGCCAUUCCCUGAGGUCCGCAAGGAGCUCUUUGAUGCCGCAGUCGAGCGCAGGGUUGGUCGCAUGCAGAAGGUUAUUGAGCUUGCCCGAGUUUCCCGCGAGCGCCGCACCAUUGGUCUGAAAACGCCGCUCAAGACCCUUAUCAUCAUCCACCGUGAUCAGCAGUACCUUGAUGACGUCAAGUCCCUGGAAAACUACAUUUGUGAGGAGCUCAACGUCCGCGACCUGGUCUUGACUUCUGAUGAGGCCAAGUACAACGUCGAGUACAGCGUCAUCGCCGAUUGGCCUGUCCUAGGCAAGAAGCUGAAAAAGGACAUGGCCAAGGUCAAGAAGGGCCUGCCCCUGUUGACUAGCGAGCAAGUGCAGGGCUACGUGCGCGACAAAUUUAUCCUGGUCGAUGGCAUCCGCCUUGAGGAGGAAGACCUGGUCGUGCGCCGCGGUGUGAAGGAAGAUGAGACGUCCAAGAACCUCGAGUCCAACACGGACAGUGAUGUUCUCACCAUCCUCGACGCCGAGCUCCAUCCUGAGCUUGCCCAGGAGGGUCUCGCGCGUGAGGUCAUCAACCGUGUACAGCGUCUGCGAAAGAAGGCUGGUCUGCAGCCUACCGAUGACAUCAAGAUGGAGUAUCGGAUGGUCAAGGACCCUGAUAAUGUCGGCCUGGAAGGUGUCUUCUCAUCACAGGCUUCCGUCUUUGAGAAGGCGCUCCGACGACCGCUUGACAAGCAGGAGAGUGAGGACGCCAGUGCAGGGCUCAUUGCGGAGGAGGAACAAGAGAUCCAGCAGGCCGUCUUCUCACUCCGCCUGCUCAAGCUCUAG